UCAUGCUGAAGAUUUUACAAGACCUCACCAAAAGGUUUCACAACCUCAGCCUCAACACCCCCAUCCUAGAAUUAAUCAGAAUGAUAUUGGUUCCCAAUAUAAUCAACCAGUGGAAGUGCAUAAUGGUCGGCAAAUUGAAGUAGAAGGGAGAUUAGGGACUGGUCAGGAGGUCCAUGGUGACGCUCGCAGAAAAUUUUCUGCUGGUGCACGAGAACAGCAUGACCUAAAACAUGGUGUACUUCCAGCAUCUGCCAAGGAGAACAAAGGGCAAAAGUCCAGUUUGGUUGCUGAGGUAAAUGAUAGGCAUAAGGAUGCUUCUUUACUCGUGAGCUCUGAAGGUCGUCAAAGGAUGGGAGAGUCUUCUCCUGAUGAGAUGAGUUUGUACUCCAAGUAUGAAAAGGAGGAAGCAGAGCUAAAGGGACCAAUAGAGAAUUUUGCCCAGUAUGAAGAAUAUGUGCAGGAGUAUCGGGAAAAAUAUGAUAGUUAUUGCUCUAUAAACAAAACAUUGGAGUCUUACAGGAAUGAGUUCAUGACACUCGGCAAGGAGCUUGAGGUAUCUAGAGGAAGAGACAAGCAAAGAUUCUAUGACAUGUUGGGACAGUUAAAAGAUUCGUAUCGCAAAUGUGGACCAAGACAUAAAAGACUGAAGAAAAUAUUUAUUGUGCUUCAUGAGGAACUGAAGCAUUUGAAGCAGAUGAUCAAAGACUUUGCUGUUUCAUAUGCCAGAGAUCGGUAACCAAAAAGAUUGAAUUCUAACUCAUUUUUGGCCUGUUGGGGAACCCGGAGUGCUCGGGGAUUAUCUCCUCUAUAAUAUGUGGUGGUUAACUCGUUUGGUGGAGGGGCAAGCAGAAAGUGCGCUGUCCCAUUUGUAGAUGAAAUGAAUGAUGGUGACACCACAAGAGUUGACAGAAAAUGUGAAGAUACAGUUGGAGCAACGCAAAUAGGGUGAAGGGUUACUACAAGAUUUGGUCACAGUUCGAUGGAUGUAAAUAGAAAUGUAGAGUGCCUCUUUUUUCUUUCCUUUUUUUUUCCCAUUCUUUAGCGGGGCUUGUGUCCCAGUACAUUCUCGUGUAAAUUAUUUAUGGAAGUUUUAAUGUGCCUGAUACGUACAGUACUGACUCCUGAUUCUAGGAAUCGCCCUAAGGGCUAAUUUUCCAUAGUGUUGUCAUCAUAGGAUCGUUACCAAGUUUUGAUACAACUGUUGCAUAAGGUGGAUAUAUCUUUGUCCACUCUGAUCCAA